UUAGUAGGUCUCAGGGCUCUGGUCCUCCCGUCCUGCCCUUCAUCCUUCAGGGACCCAGGAUUCUGCUGGCCCUCCUUGGUCCUACCGUGGAUCCUACCCAGACCAAGCUGGCUGCUUCCUGUUGCUCAUCCAGGCUGGGCAGUCAAUUAAUGGGCGACAGGGCCACCACCUUCCCAAUUAGUCUUAUUAGCCUCUUGCUCACACACUGGAGCCAGGGCCACCCCUCGGGGAGGGGCUGUGAGUGGCCUGUGAGUAACCAAGGCCCAGCUAUGACAGGGGUCCUCAGCCCAGGCCUGUCUCCGGGCUGAGGCCUUGGCGUCCAGCACCUGCGGGCCGUCCCUGGAGCCCCCCGGAAGGGACAGGUCAGGGAACUGGCUUUGGAGUGCAGACUCCAAAGGUCCGCUCGCUGAUGACACACGUAAUAGCUGUGCGGCAAGCAUGGUACUUGGGCAGUGACAGCAGGGCGUGGGGUGUAGAUCCUUAUACCCGGAGGAAGAGAGUGGAAGCUGAGUGAAGGGUCUCAGGGAAAGGGGGGCGUGGAUCCAGAGGCUGUGGAGGGCUCCCAGGCGGGGUUAACCGUGAGGCGGGGGUGCGGGCCACAGCAGGUAGCCGGUACUGAAGGGAAAGUUGAAAUGCCCACAUCUGUGCGUGGAGGGAGGACGAGCAGUCAGAGAGGCCAACACUGGGGAAGGCAGGAGGGUGAAGGAGCCAGGGGACUGGGCCCCAUGGUGAGGGUGGCCGCCCGGGAGUGAGCGGCCUUCGGGGCAGAGCACCUGGUUCCAGGUUAGGCAACGAGGAGCCCGGGCAGGCCAGCCAGGUGUUCCCAGGGCCAUGAUGCCCCACACUGCAGCCACCCCUGCUGCUGAGUAGGCAAUACCCAAACAUUACUUCAGCUCCUCCCGGCCACACCAACUUCCCCCCCCCCCCCGCCCCCGGCACCUCCACCUCCACCUCUCCUCCCCUCCCCACAGUGACUCCUGCCCGGGAAAUGUCCAGCCCUGACAUAAAGGCCCCGGGUGUCCACGAGCUGCUGUCACUCAGGAGGCCACACAGUCCAAGAUGGGCUCUGCGCGAGCAUCCCGGAUAGGGCUUGUGGGAGGGCGGGGGAUGUUGGCAUUGCUGCUGGCCAGUCUCCUCCUGCAAGGGACCUUGGCCAAGAGCAUUGGGACCUUCUCAGACCCCUGCAGGGACCACACGAGUAUCACCUCCCCCAGUGACCCCUGUCUCCUGGGGAAGGGGAGCUCCAGCAGCUUCAGUAGCCAAAGUGGCUCCAGCAGUUCCAGCAGUUUUCUUUCGAGUUCCAGUGGCUCCCGUGGUGGCUCCAGUGGCGGCUCCAGUGGCUCCAGUGGCUCCCGUGGUGGCUCCAGUGGCGGCUCCAGCGGGUCCAUUGCUACCCAGGGUCGUUCUUCAGGAUUUCCGUUAUUUAAGCCAGGAACGGGGUAUUCGCAGAUAAGCUACUCCUCUGGACCUAGCCCUAGUCUACAGGGUGCAUCUAGUUCCUCCCAAUCAGGAAGCCUCAGCUCCCAGUCUGGAGGAGGCUCGAGCUCUUCUGUUUCCCAGAUCUCCUCGAUGUCCAGCAGCAGUGGCCAGGAGGUCAACGCCAAGCUGAGUCCCUGUAGUUCCAACAUCCCUGACUCUCCCUGCAGUGGGGGACCCAUCGUCUCGCACUCUGGCCCCUACAUCUCCAGCUCCCAUUCUGUGUCUGGGGGUAAAAUGCCUGUAGUGGUGGUGGUGGAGCAGCAUGGCUCUGGUGGCCCCAGAGUGGGUCAAAGCGUCCCCUGUAGCAAUGGUGGCCUUCCAGGGAAGCCCUGCCCCCCCAUCACCUCUGUAGGCAAAUAUGGCAGCUAUGAGGUGGUGGGUGGCUCCUCUGACAGUUAUCUGGUCCCAGGCAUGACCUACAUCAGGGGCAAAAUCUACCCGGUGGGCCACUUCAUCAAAGAGCACCCCAUCAAAGGCUCUCCAGGGGUUCCCUCCUUUGCAGCCGGGGCCCCCAUCUCUGAGGGCAAAUACUUCUCCAGCAUCCCCAUCAUCCCCAGCCACAGCUCUUCUAGUUCCAACAUCUACCAGUCAGGAGCUUCCUCGGCCAUUGUGUUCCAGCCGGUGGGCUCUGGUGGGGUCCUGCCCUAUGGCGUUGGCUCCAAGGGCUCUAAGGAGCCCUGCUCCCUCUCUAGCUCUGGAGUCCACAGCAGCUCUAGCCUUUCCAGCAGUUCUGGUUCAUCUUUCCAGCCCUGUGGUGGUGUUUCCCAGAGGCCCAGCUCCUCACCAGGCACUGGCUCCUUCAGUGGCAGCUCCAGCUCCCAAUCCCAUGGCAAAAUCAUCCUCCAACCCUGUGGCAGCAAGUCCAGCUCUUCUGGUCACUCUUGCAUUUCUGUCUCCUCUUCAACAUUGAGUAGGCGUCGAGCUGGCUCUUCCCAACAUGACCCCUCAGCUGGUGCCAAGCCCUGUGGCUUUGGCAGCUCUGGAACGAUCCCCUGCCACUCCAUCCGGGACAUCCUAACCCAAGCGAAACCCCUGGGGCCCCAGCUAGCUGACCCUGAAGUUCUCCUACCCCAGGGAGAGUUACCUAACAGUCCAUAAAGCAGAUUUUGCCUACACACACGUGCAGGCACA